AUGGUAAAACUUAUUAUCAAAGUAAACUACUUGACUCAUCCUGGUAUGUAUUUUAAAACAGGUGAGGCUAAUGAUAAGGAUGUUCAGGUGGUGGAACUUCCCAUUGUUGACAGCUUACACCCACGGCCACCAUAUUUACCGUUGGCUAUCCCCGAAGAUCUGGCCGAUAGGCUAAUUCGUGUACAUGGGGAUCCUGCAGUGUGGUGGGUCUCGCAGUUUGUGAAAUACUUGAUUCGUCCACAGCCCUGGUUAGAAAAAGAAAUAGAGGAAGCCACAAGGAAACUUGGUUUCAAACAUCCAGUGAUCGGUGUUCACGUCCGAAGGACAGACAAAGUAGGAACAGAGGCAGCAUUUCAUCCUAUUGAAGAAUAUAUGGUACAUGUUGAAGAGCGUUUUGAACUUCUUGCUCGCAGAAUGCAUGUUGACAAAAAAAGAGUGUAUUUGGCUACAGAUGACCCAUCAUUGUUGCAAGAGGCAAAAUCCAAGUAUCCAAAUUACGAAUUUAUCAGUGAUAACUCCAUAUCCUGGUCCGCAGGACUUCAUAACCGAUACACUGAAAACUCCCUAAGAGGUGUUAUUCUGGAUAUUCACUUUUUGUCUCAGGCAGACUUCCUGGUCUGUACAUUUUCAUCCCAGGUUUGUCGAGUUGCCUAUGAAAUUAUGCAGACAUUGCAUCCGGAUGCUUCAGCGUAUUUCCAUUCUUUAGAUGAUAUCUACUACUUUGGGGGACAGAAUGCCCACAACCAGAUUGCUAUUUAUGCUCAUCAUCCACGAACUGCUGAUGAAAUUCCUAUGGAACCUGGAGAUAUCAUUGGAGUAGCUGGAAACCACUGGGAUGGUUAUUCAAAAGGCAUCAAUAGGAAAUUAGGAAGAACAGGCCUGUACCCGUCCUAUAAAGUUAAGGAGAAAAUUGAGACAGUCAAGUAUCCUACAUACCCAGAGGCUGACAAGUAGAUUAAAAUGAAGACAUUCGGCGGUAAUUCUCAAUUUUGAUUGGUUUGAACCAGUCAACACACUAACUAAUGGUUUAUAUGGGAUUUGAAUUUGCAUAUUAACAUGCAUUUAAAAUCAAAACCUUUAGCGAUGAAACUGGAUAAGAAGCUGAGAACAAAUGGAUGGGCUAUUAUCUGAACUUACUCUUAAACAUUUUUUGUUAUAUACACUCUCACACAUGCACACACAAGACCACAUAUAGCAGAAAAACUGUUGUUUUAUACUUUUUGUCUCUUUUCAGGAUUUGUCCCAGUCAUUAGUCUUACGUGAGCUUUGGGCUCUUUUCUCUGCCAUUAAUUGACAAUAAUGUUCAGACUUAUAACACUGCCACAUUGUGUAAUUUGAGUGACAUGAACAUAUUUUGUAUGUGCAAAACUUACAACAUGGUGCCUAUAUUUGAAAAAUUUGUGACCUUUUUAGAAGAGCCAUGCCUAUUUCACAAUGGGCAAGAGUCAAUCUUCAACUGGUGUUACCGAGACCACUGAACUUGCUUCAAACAACAGAUUCAGAUUUCAGACUAGAUUUCUUUACAAGUUUAUUUCUAGCAUUCCAUUGAUUACUUCUCAUCAUUAAUAAAAUAAAGGAUACAUCCAACAA